AUGGACAGUAUUAACACAGUAACUCAGAUGAAUGAGGAUUCAAAACAGGAGAAAAGUGAUGAUGAUCAGUCAACGUCAAGUUCACAGGUUGUUUGUGGAGGGUGUCGAAAGAAACUCCGAAGUUUGUUAACGAUGAAUUACAAAGAAGAAAUUGUAGUGCAGGUGAAACUGGCUGGACCAGUGUUUAUUUCUCAGCUGAUGAUCUUUCUGAUCAGCUUCAUCAGCACUGUGUUCUGUGGACACUUGGGGAAAACUGAACUGGCCGCUGUGGCACUGGCUAUUGCUGUUAUUAAUGUGUCAGGCAUCUCUGUUGGUUUUGGACUGGCGUCUGCUUGCGAUACACUCAUCUCUCAGACGUUUGGCAGUAAUAAUCUGAAGCGGGUGGGUGUGAUACUGCAGAGAGGGAUUCUCAUCCUCCUGUUGGCUUGUUUCCCCUGCUGGGCGCUGCUCAUCAACACCGAGCCCAUCCUGCUGGCUGUCCGACAGAGCCCCAGUGUGGCCAGUCUAUCACAACUCUAUGUAAAAAUAUUCAUGCCUGCUCUGCCUGCUGCAUUUGUCUAUCAGCUGCAGGGAAGGUAUCUUCAAAAUCAGGGUAUUAUUUGGCCUCAGGUCAUCACAGGAGCAGCAGGAAAUGUCCUCAAUGCUUUAAUAAACUACAUCUUUCUUCAUCUGCUUGAUCUUGGUGUGGCAGGAUCUGCUGCUGCAAACACCAUUGCCCAGUAUUCCUUGGCUGUGUUUCUCUUUUUUUAUAUUCGAUGGAAGGGCCUGCAUAAAAACACAUGGGACGGCUGGUCUUGUGAUUGUCUGCAAGAAUGGGGUCCAUUCAAUAGCUUGGCUCUUCCCAGCAUGCUCAUGCUUUGUGUGCAGUGGUGGGCAUAUGAGAUUGGUGGAUUCCUGGCAGGAAUCAUCAGUGAGGCUGAGCUGGGAGCCCAGUCUGUUGUGUAUCAGCUGGCUACUAUUGCGUUUAUGUUUCCAAUGGGAUUUGUAAUAGCAGCCACUGUGAGGGUGGGAAAUGCACUUGGAGCUGGAAACCCAGAACAAGCCAAAUUGUCUGCCAAAGUGUCUUUAGUCUGUGGACUACUUGCUUCUUGUAUAGUCGCAACCUUUAUUGGAAGUACCAGUGAUAUUAUCGGAUACAUCUUUACCACAGAAGAGGAAAUAGUGCUCAGAGUAUCAGAGGUCAUGGUCAUGUACAGCUUCUUUCAUAUAUUUGAUGCCAUUGCGGGCAUUACAGGUGGAAUUGUCAGAGGUGCUGGAAAGCAGCUGCUUGGUGCUCUUUGUAACAUUAUAGGAUAUUAUUUUGUGGGAUUUCCAAUUGGAGUGUCUCUGAUGUUUGCUCUCAGCUUGGGCAUAAUUGGUUUGUGGACUGGAUUUUUUGUGUGUGCCUUCUCACAAACUUUGUUCUUUGUCACCCUCAUUUGCAAACUGGACUGGGAAAAAGCCACUCACGAGGCCUUGAUCAGAGCAGGUGUACAAGCCCCUCAGACCAAAGAUGAAUCUUAUGCUAUGGAAAAUAAGGGCUGCACAGAAGAAGUACCACAGGAGUCCCAGCACAAUGAAGAAGGCCAGACAGAUGCAAACACAGACCUUGAAGGGCUCGGUGAAGGAGAAGGAGAAGGAGGAGAAGGAAUAACAGUUACUGGCACAAAGGUCACAGUUGGUGCAGUCUUGACAACAAAACAACUGGUUGUUCGUCGAGGCCUUGCUGUCUUCUUCAUGCUGCUUAUAUUAGCUGGAGGGAUUGUGUUAAAUGAGGUGCUCAUUAGAAUUCUUAGAUGAGCAAAAUUAAUGUUACUUCAUCCUUCUGCCAAAAUAUUCAUAUUAUUUUAUUAUAGUGUGGUGCUACAUGGAGUCCUUGAGUUACGA